UCAUGGUCGUCAUCAGCAGCAACAUGGCGGGGGAGGAGGACACUUGUUGACGGCUGUGUCCUAUUUCUGGCCCUCCUGCUCGCCCUGGCGCCUGCGAGCACGUGCAUUAUGUGACUGAGGAAUGACACAGGCUGCGGGAUGAGUGGGCUGCGUCGGCUGCGGGUGAGGGAACUGCACCCCAACCUGCUCUGCAUCCUGUGUGGUGGCUACUAUGUGGAUGCCACCACCAUCGUUGAGUGCCUCCACUCCUUUUGCAAGACCUGCAUUGUCCGCUACUUGGAGUCGAGCAAGUUCUGUCCAAUCUGCGAUGUCCAAGUGCACAAGACCAAACCACUGCUCAGCAUCCGGCCAGACAAAACACUACAGGACAUUGUAUACAAGCUGGUGCCGGGCCUUUAUCCAAACGAAAUGUGUAAGCGGCGGGAGUUCUACUCAAGUCACCCAGAGACACCCCCAGCCACACCUGAAGAUGGGGGUAGUGACUUGGGCAGAUGCUACACCCUGCCUGAUGAUCCUGUCUCCCUGGCACUCUAUCCUGCCUCUGCCUCCACCUCCACUUCCCUCACCAGCUCCACACACCACCCAGGCUUCAAAAACCAUGUCCAUGUGCCCUCCAUCCCCUCCAAGAUGACUCGUUCCUUCCAUCAGAAGUCCUCUGAGAGCAGAGUCCGGUACCUGCAGUGCCCAGCUGGGGUGAGUGUGGCGCAACUCAAGAGACUCAUCCGGGCCAAGUUUGGUGUUGGUCCUGCCCAUCCAAUGGCCCUUCUCACCUGUACCAGUGAAGAUCCUCUGCAUGACUCCCUCACACUGGUGGAUGUGGCCUACAUUACCUCAUGGCAACGGAGUGAGCCACUGCAGCUGCUUUACCGCAUAUAUGAGAAGGCCAGCAAAAAAAUCAAGCUUGACCCUGAGGUGUGUGUGGCUGACUCUCACAGCUCAUGUGAGGAGAUGCCCAAACUCGAACCCAGUGUUGGCAGUGGGGCACCAGUGUGUACAACACCUCAGGGUACUGUUGCUGACUAUAGCACUGCUCCACUUCUUCAGGCAGUUGGGGCUAUUGACUCCCCAAUGGAGGAGAGGCCUUCCAAGAUUGGAGUAAGGAAGACCUUGAAGCAGCCUGGGAGGUCUGGUGAAGGACCUACUACUACUCAGCAGGAAUCUCUUUUUGAGAGGAUGUCCAAGGCUGCUGGGGUGGUUAUAGAUACCCCGCUCAAAGACUCUCAAGUGAUACAAAAUUGUGAUUCACUCUUAGAAAUGACACAGGGUAUGACUGGGGGUGUGGCUGCCCAGACAGGAACUGUGGAACCAGUUGUGACAUACCCAGGUAUGUUUGCUGCAUCCAGCAAUGGAGUGAGUGUUGGGGUGGCACUGGUUUCCAAUGAACUAGGGCUUCUGGCACCCACCAAUGUUACAUGUGCAAUAAUCCCAGGUGCUGCUGCCAGUCUCCCUGUUCUGUGUGGAGCUGGGGGAGAUUGGAGUGUAACUGGACCUCAGGCAGGGGGCCAAGUGGUAGCAGCAGCACCACCAGCAGCAUCAGUAACUGUGGCAACAACAAGUGAGAGGGGACCACAAGUGCCUGGGGAGGCUGGAGGCUCCAGCAAGAAGGGAGUUUCUGGAGAAGAGGAGGAAGAAGGAGAAGAAGUGCAGCUGAAAAUCAGUGAGUCUGGUGUAAUGAGUGUGUGUGGGAAGGACACCACUGUGGAGGGUGUGCUCAAUUCCCUUGAAUCUGAGGCUGGGGAACUCCUUUCCAAGAUUGAAAGUGGCUCUUUGGGGGAGGAGUUCCCUUCUGUAAGCUCUCCCAAGAAAACUGAGAAGAGGAGAUCCAAAAGCAAGGCUAGUGGCCAAGGCAAGGUGGUCAGCAAGACUGAAGACAGAGGAGACAAGUGCCAGCCUCUGCUAAAGGGUGACAAAAUAUCAGCCUUGGCAGGGAAGAUUGUGGAGACAGACAGCAAAAAAACUGUUGGGAGCUCAUUAAAGAAAGACUCUUAUGAAGCUGCCACUAUCACUACCACAAUGACCACCACUACCACCACCACCAUUACCACUGCCACUACCACUGCUACUACUUCCACCACAACCACUACCACUACUGCUGUUCCCCUGGAGGCCAGCAGGGAGCAGAGUAGCAUUAAUGGGGAAUGGGCUGAGGCCACAGCUAGUGCAAAUAUGGUGUCUUCAGACACACCAACACCUGGAGAAGAGUUCAGCAGCUGUAAGGAAUCAAAAGAGGAAGCAGCCAAGAGCUCCCGUGCCAGCCAUAUUCCAGCCAGUCUUGCUGCGGCCAGUAUGGCCAACCUCAACAAGCCCCUCCUUAAAGCCAGUUCCUCCAAGAUGCAGCAAAGUGAAGACAAGCACAAGGAGCAGAAACUGAACAAUAGUGGCUUGAACACCAAGAAGGAGGUGCGCCCUGACACACGGUGUCCUGCAGUUGGUGUUUCUGGUGUUGGAGUGGGUGGCUGCCGUAGGGCUUCACAUUCUUAUGGCUACAAGACCCUCAAGACUCCUCCUAAGAGCUGGAAUCCCACAAUAUCCCGAGAGCAUCUGGCUGCUGGCAAGUGUAUGGCUGGCAAGGGCCCCAAAGACCCGCCUCGCCCCAACAAGUUCUUCAAGGCACGUAACCGGUCAGCCUCAGUGGAGGCACAGAGCGGGACAGGAUCCAUGCGGCCUGGUGUACUAAAGAUUGACCCCAAGACUUUGGGCCCCAUCAGUGCCUCUGUACGAGGUGAGACUGGGGUUGUCACCACCACUUUACCUUCCCAAGCUCCUGUCCUGCCUCCCACUCCUCCGGUGACAACCUCACAGACUCAGGCUGUGACUCUGACACUGGCACCAGUGCAGGAAAAGUGUGGGGGAGUGCGAGGGGUGACACCAGCAAUUGUGGCUGACACCAUUGAGGUGCCACCCACUUUGAGGAAGGAUGUUGCUUCCACUCCCCAGCAGACAUCCAGUGAAGGCAAGGAAAGUACAAACCACAGUGCAAAAGUUGUUGGAACUACCAUUAUACAAGACAAUAACACUCCCACUAAGACUAUUAGUAAUCACAACAUUAACAGUAACAAUAGCAGCAGCAACAACAAUAAUAAUAAUAAUAAUAAUAAUAAUAAUAAUAAUAAUAAUAAUAAUAAUAGUAAUAAUUUCAAUAAUAACAACAGCAACAAUAACAACAAGUUGAGUAAGAGUGGAAAGUCUUUGGGCAGCAAUAGUGUUAAUGCAAGCAAAAAUGUGAAGAUUCAAAGUGUACAAACUCAAGUGAGUGCUGGGAAGAGUGAGUCUAGUAUGUCCAGUACUAGGGCAGACAAGGCUAGCAGUAGGGCUGCAGGGAUUGGGGUUGUUGGCACACCUAUCCCAACUUCCAGCACCUCACACUCUACUCAGCUCAAGCUGGCCCCUUGCUCCACUUCGUGCCUCACAUCACAGGUCCCAUUGGACUCUGUGAACAGCUUGGCCCUUUCCCAGCUUCAAACCCAACCCCAUCCCCAUGCCCUCCCACAUUCUCACACUCAGCACCAGACCCAGUCCAUCUCUCUGCCCCAGCACCAGACGCAGCACCAGCCCCUUCCCCAGCCUCAGCCCCAGCCACAGAUACACCCACUGUCUCAGCACCAGUCCCAGCCACAGCUCCAAACUCAACUCCAGCCCCAUCCUCAGUCUCAGCUCCAGCUCCAGCCACAACACCAAUCUCAGCCACAACUUCAGCCCCAGCCACAGCCCCAGCCUCAACUCCAGCCCCAGCCUCAGCAGCAGCUUGCCAUUGGUUCUCCAGCCAUUGGAAUUAUACCUUCAAGUGGAGUGUCCUUUACAGGAGCCAUUGGCACCCUGCCAUUGCCUUACUACACCAGUCCUCCACUUGGUUACCCUACUUAUCCCUACUUUUACCAGACCCCAGAAGCUAUUGGUCUCAUACCUCCUCCUUCCUUCUUCUCCCCUUGUCUUCCUCCACGCUCUCCCCUCAGCUCCCGUACCAUUGGGGGCCCCAAGAUUAUGUCAGAGCUGCCUCUGCAGCUACCCAUGACGUCUGUUGUAUCUCAGGGCCCAAAUCAGGCCCAUUCACCUCGUCCCAUGACCCCACCAUCACCAAGAACUUCAACCCCAACCCAGCCUUCUCGGCCUUAUCCCCCCCAUUCCCCUCGCCAGUCAUGCAUCAACCCAUCCUCACAGCCUCACACACCACAAUCCCCCAAGCCUCUUGCACCAGCCCAAUCUUCUAAGGCUCCUGCUCCACCACAGUCCCCCAAGCCUCACACUUCAGUGCAGGCCUCCAAAUCUCAUGUCUCCUUACAUUCCCCUAAGCCUCUUGCCCCAACACAGUCUCAAAAAUCUAUUGUCCCAACACAGCCCACCAAACCUUACACUCCAGUACAGUCUCCCAAAGCUCCUACACCAGCACAGUCUCCCAAGCCCCCCACUCCAUCACAGUCCCCAAAGCCUCUCGUCCCACCACAAUCCCCAAAACCUGUUGCCCCAGCACAGUCACCUAAGCCUCUUGUCCCACCACAAUCCCCAAAGUCUCCUGCCCCUGCCCAGUCCCCAAAAUCCCCUGCUCCAGCAUCCUCUCCCAAGCUUCCUGCUAGAGUUCAGUCACCCAUGCCUCCUGCCCCACCACAGUCACCCAAACCUUACACAACACAGUCACCCAUGCCACACACAACACAGUCACUCAUGCCACACACAACACAGUCACCUGUGUCACACACAACACAGUCACCUGUGUCACACACAACACAGUCACUCAUGCCACACCCAACACAGUCACCCGUGACACACACAACACACUCACUCAUGCCACACACAACACAGUCACCCAUGCCACACACAACACAGUCACUCAUGCCACACACAACACAGUCACUCAUGCCACACACAACACAGUCACCCAUGUCCCCUGCCCCACCACAGUCACCCAAACCACACUCAAUGCAGUCACCCAUGCCUCCUGUCUCAUCACAGUCACCCAAACCACACAUAACACAAAUACCCAUUCUCCCUGCCCCACCACAGUCACCUAAACCACAUGCAACACAAUCACCCAUUCUCCCUGCUCCACCACAGUCACCCAAACCACACACAACACAGUCACCCAUGCCCCCUGCCCCACCACAGUCACCCAAACCACACACAACACAGUCACUCAUGCCCCCUGUUCCACCACAGUCACCCAAACCACACACAACACAAUCACCCAUUCUCCCUGCCCCACCACAGUCACCCAAACCACAUACAACACAGUCACCCAUGUCUCCUGCCCCACCACAGUCACCCAAACCACACACAACACAAUCACCCAUUCUCCCUGCCCUGCCACAGUCAUCCAUGCCCCCUGCCCCACCACAGUCACCCAUUCUUCCUGCCCCACCACAGUCACCCAUUCUUUCUGCCCCACCACAUUCACCUAUGCCCCCUGCCCCACCACAGUCACCCAUGCUCCCUGCCCCACCACAGUCACCCAAACCACACACAACACAGUCACCCAAACCACACACCACACAGUCACCCAUGCCCCCUGCCCCACCCCAGUCACCCAAACCACACACAACACAGUCACCCAAACCACACACCACACAGUCAGCCAUGACCCCUGCCCCACCACAGUCACCUAAGCUCACUUUAGCACAGUCUUCUAUGGCUCCCAUUCCACCACAGUCACCUAAGCCCCCCAUGCCAGGACAACCUCCCAUAGUUCCUGCUUCACCACAGUCACCUAAGCCUCCCAUUCCAGCACAAUCCCCUAUGGCUCCUGCCCAGCCCCGGUCUCUUAUGGCUCUUGCCCCACAGUCCUCCAUGAGCUCUGUCCCACCACAGUCUCCUGUGACUCCCGUCCUACCACAGUCAUCCAUGCCCCAUGUUCCACAACAGUCUCCCAGGCUCCCUAUCACAGCACAGUCUCCCAGACAUCCUACCUUACCACACUCCCCGAUGACUUCUUUCCCACCACACUCUUUGAGGCCCCAGAUGCAGUCUCCCAAGCAGUUCCCUGCUGCUCAGUCAGUGGCCAUCCAGCCCCAGCCUCCCAAGCUUAACUACACCACUUCAGGUCAUCCCACAACCUGCACAACACAACUCCCACAACCCAGCCACUCAGAUAAAAUGACCCUAAUUUCCCAACAGAUGACCUCUUCCCUCAGAUCUGCCCCUCAGUCAUCUGUGGUGUCAAGCUCUGGAAGCUCUUUUUGUCCACAGAAUUCUCUUGGUAAAUUAGAUGCAUGUUUACAGGCACCAUCAUCCCAUCCCUCAGCCAUUGCAAAAGCUGUGAGUAGUUCUUUUGAUGUUUCUAAAUCUGUUUUACCACAGUCUAUAAAAUCUACCAUUAGUAGCCAACUGACUUCAUGCAGUGUGUUGCCCAUGACAACAAGCUGUUUCCAGUCUAUGUCACUUCCUUCACAAACCUCCAAGCCUUUAAGACAAGUUACACAGGCACAUACUUCAGUGAAUUCUGUUUACUCCAUUGGCUUACAAGUCACUGAUAAGGUGUCUCAGUUGGAUGCACAUCAAGUGAUUUACCAGGGAACAUCAUCAAGCUCCAGACCUGAGUUCAGAAAAAAUAAUACUAACAUAGAUAACCCCCAAGAACCAAGACUGAACCACAGCAAUUCAGAUUGCACUAUUCGAGUGCCUAGCUCUGGCUCUGUCCCACUUGUGGCUCCAUCAGUAUUUCCAGCCAUUUCUGUGGCCGAUAAAGGGCUGAGCUUGGCACCUGCUACCACUUUUGGGAGUGGAUAUUACCCCCAUGGUCUUCACCAGUCACUCUCCUCAAACUGCAGUCAUACAUACACAGACAGUAUUAAGACUAAUCCUCUUACAAGUUUGGCUGGUGCAUUAAUGGCCAACACCACUCCUACCACAUCAACCCUUUCUUUUCCCACCCAUUCUAUGGUUAGCCUGCCAGUGUCUUUGGCCAAUGUGGCAACUGUUACUGCCAUUCCUUCUCUCUCCUCCUGUCAAGUCUUAUCUGCCUCAAUGAUGUCUUCAGGUACUACCUUGACUUCUAGCUUGGCCUCCCCAGCUCCUUCCUCAAAAAGUAGUGCCUCCCCCUUGCCUGCAUCAGCAGACAGUAGUAAAAAGACAACCCAUAUUGCAGAUGCUACCGACAAACUGCUCUCAGCAGUUCCCUCCAGCUGCAGCAGUGUUGUUGAUACUGUACCUUCUAACACAACAGUUGCUGUGACAGUUUCCAUAAAUGCAACAAGUAAUGCUAUCACACCUGUAAAUACACUUGCAACAACAUCAUCACCCAUUACAAAUGCAGAAGCCUUACUAUCGUGUUGCACAGCACUUGCAACACUACCUGUGAUUGGUUCAGGCCCUACUUUGGCAGUCAGCUCCAACAUGUCUUUGUGCACUGCAGCAAGCACCACCACUCCACUUAGUAGUGUGGUUACUGUACCAGAAGAGAGAACAGCUGCUGCACUACAGAGAAAUGUUUGUAGUUCUGGUGUGUCAAUGAGUAGUUUGACAGACACAGCUGCCUCCACUGUAGGUGCCAGAACCUCCCCAGUGACUACCUGCUCUGGCGAAGACACUCAGAGAGGAAGUUUGAGUGCCACUGCCACUCAGGAAGGAGUUGGUGGUGUGGGUGAUGGUGGUGGUGGAGCUGCUGCUGCUGCUGGCCCAGAUGAGAGCUGCAAUAGACCACAAGUCCAUCCUUCAACUGCCAUCAUGCCAGUGAGCAGCAACAACAGCAGCAGCUGUAAUAGCAGUAGCAGCAGCAGCAGCUGUGUUACCACUAUCUCCUUGGCCCACAGUGCUGAAGCAACUGGCUCCUCUUGUGGCACCGCUGGAGCACCAUUGCCAGCCAGGAAGGAAGCCUUUCCCCAGUCCCAGAACAGUGGCUGUUCCCUGCCUCGUGGCUCAGUGGGUGAACACUCAGUCCUGAAUGUGAUGGAGAGUGGUGGCUGUGAGCCCCAGUCAAGUGCCUGUACCCCCGUCUGUGAUGUGACGCAUGUGAUUGAUGCCAAACAGCAGUGUGCUGAGCCAAGUGUCAGCAGCAGUGGUGGCCCUAGGCCAUGCCUCAAGAGUUAAGUGUUUCACAGUUUAGGGCACCCAGGCUACUGGCUGCCACAGAUAUAUAACUAUAUAUAUAUAGGCGUAUGGAAAUAUUUGAUGUACUCUACAUGCCAUUAAUUUUGUAAAUUGUAAAAUCACAAAAUAUAAUUUUAUUAGUGUGUUUUAAACACUCAUCAAUCACUUUCAAAGUGCUAGUUAGGAAUACAUUUGUUAUUUUUCCACUAUAUGAUGCCUUCCUGUUCUGUACUGUUGACACCAGUGGGAUUGCUCUGGUGAGGCUGUCUUGUCAACUGUGGAAAACAUAUUUUAGUACUCUAUUGGUAUGAUAGUUGAAUUUUCUUUAAUGAAGCAUGGAAGAUAUCCAUUUAAGGAUUAUACAAGUGGCAGUGUUGUGAAUUGCCUCAUGUCUGUCAUGUUUUCCAGAUACUGCUGUAGAAAGCCAUAUAAGCAUUAUAUUGAUGCUUAUCAGGACUCAAAUUCUGUAUUGAUAUAUAGUCUGCUGGCUUGGAGUAGAAUUAACCUCUUCAAUUAUUAAUUGUUACAAGUACAAAAUUAGGAAAA